AUGACUCUGGAGAACAAUAAGAAAUGUGUCCGUAUGAAAUCCAGUCCUAAAACCUAUGUCAUACUAGAGGCAAGGAGAACAGGGGCCAGAGUACCACCCUGGAGGCCAGGGGAACAGGGGCCAGAAUACCACCCUGGAGGCCAGGGGAACAGGGGCCAGAAUACCACCCUGGAGGCCAGGGGAACAGGGGCCAGAAUACCACCCUGGAGGCCAGGGGAACAGGGGCCAGAAUACCACCCUAGAGGCCAGGGGAACAGGGGCCAGAAUACCACCCUGGAGGCCAGGGGAACAGGGGCCAGAAUACCACCCUGGAGGCCAGGGGAACAGGGGCCUGAGAACCACCCUGGAGGCCAGGGGAACAGGGGCCAGAGAACCACCCUGGAGGCCAGGGGCCAGAAUACCACACUGGAGGCCAAGGGGGAACAGGGGCCAGAGUACCACCCUGGAGGCCAGGGGAACAGGGGCCAGAGAACCACCCUGGAGGCCAGGGGAACAGGGGCCAGAAUACCACCCUGGAGGCCAGGGGAACAGGGGCCAGAAUACCACCCUGGAGGCCAGGGGAACAGGGGCCAGAGUACCACCCUGGAGGCCAGGGGAACAGGGGCCAGAAUACCACCCUGGAGGCCAGGGGAACAGGGGCCUGAGUACCACCCUGGAGGCCAGGGGAACAGGGGCCUGAGGGAACCGGGGCCUGAGAACCACCCUGGAGGCCAGGGGAACAGGGGCCUGAGAACCACCCUGGAGGCCAGGGGAACAGGGGCCAGAGUAACACCCUGGAGGCCAGGGGAACAGGGGCCAGAGUACCACCCUGGAGGCCAAGGGAACAGGGGCCAGAAUACCACCCUGGAGGCCAGGGGAACAGGGGCCAGAGUACCACCCUGGAGGCCAGGGGAACAGGGGCCAGAGUACCACCCUGGAGGCCAGGGGAACAGGGGCCAGAAUACCACCCUGGAGGCCAGGGGAACAGGGGCCAGAGAACCACCCUGGAGGCCAGGGGAACAGGGGCCUGAGCCAGGGGAACAGGGGCCAGAGAACCACCCUGGAGGCCAGGGGAACAGGGGCCAGAAUACCACCCUGGAGGCCAGGGGAACAGGGGCCAGAAUACCACCCUGGAGGCCAGGGGAACAGGGGCCAGAGUACCACCCUGGAGGCCAGGGGAACAGGGGCCAGAAUACCACCCUGGAGGCCAGGGGAACAGGGGCCAGAGUACCACCCUGGAGGCCAGGGGAACAGGGGCCAGAAUACCACCCUGGAGGCCAGGGGGAACAGGGGCCUGAGAACCACCCUGGAGGCCAGGGGAACAGGGGCCUGAGAACCACCCUGGAGGCCAGGGGAACAGGGGCCAGAGAACCACCCUGGAGGCCAGGGGCCAGAAUACCACACUGGAGGCCAAGGGCCAGAAUACCACCCUGGAGGCCAGGGGAACAGGGGCCAGAGUACCACCCUGGAGGCCAGGGGAACAGGGGCCUGAGUACCACCCUGGAGGCCAGGGGAACAGGGGCCAGAGUACCACCCUGGAGGCCAGGGGAACAGGGGCCUGAGAACCACCCUGGAGGCCAGGGGAACAGGGGCCUGAGAACCACCCUGGAGGCCAGGGGAACAGGGGCCAGAGUACCACCCUGGAGGCCAGGGGAACAGGGGCCAGAAUACCACCCUGGAGGCCAGGGGAACAGGGGCCAGAAUACCACCCUGGAGGGGCCUGAGAACCACCCUGGAGGCCAGGGGAACAGGGGCCUGAGUACCACCCUGGAGGCCAGGGGAACAGGGGCCAGAAUACCACCCUGGAGGCCAGGGGAACAGGGGCCUGAGAACCACCCCUGGUGGCCAGGGGAACAGGGGCCUGAGAACCACCCUGGAGGCCAGGGGAACAGGGGCCAGAGAACCACCCUGGAGGCCAGGGGCCAGAAUACCACACUGGAGGCCAAGGGCCAGAAUACCACCCUGGAGGCCAGGGGAACAGGGGCCAGAGUACCACCCUGGAGGCCAGGGGAACAGGGGCCUGAGUACCACCCUGGAGGCCAGGGGAACAGGGGCCAGAGUACCACCCUGGAGGGGCCUGAGAACCACCCUGGAGGCCAGGGGAACAGGGGCCUGAGUACCACCCUGGAGGCCAGGGGAACAGGGGCCAGAAUACCACCCUGGAGGCCAGGGGAACAGGGGCCAGAAUACCACCCUGGAGGCCAAGGGGAACAGGGGCCUGAGAACCACCCUGGAGGCCAGGGGAACAGGGGCCAGAGAACCACCCUGGAGGCCAGGGGAACAGGGGCCAGAGAACCACCCUGGAGGCCAGGGGAACAGGGGCCAGAAUACCACCCUGGAGGCCAGGGGAACAGGGGCCAGAAUACCACCCUGGAGGCCAGGGGAACAGGGGCCAGAGUACCACCCUGGAGGCCAGGGGAACAGGGGCCAGAAUACCACCCUGGAGGCCAGGGGAACAGGGGCCAGAGUACCACCCUGGAGGCCAGGGGAACAGGGGCCAGAAUACCACCCUGGAGGCCAGGGGAACAGGGGCCUGAGAACCACCCUGGAGGCCAGGGGAACAGGGGCCUGAGAACCACCCUGGAGGCCAGGGGAACAGGGGCCAGAGAACCACCCUGGAGGCCAGGGGCCAGAAUACCACACUGGAGGCCAAGGGCCAGAAUACCACCCUGGAGGCCAGGGGAACAGGGGCCAGAGUACCACCCUGGAGGCCAGGGGAACAGGGGCCUGAGUACCACCCUGGAGGCCAGGGGAACAGGGGCCAGAGUACCACCCUGGAGGCCAGGUGAACAGGGGCCUGAGAACCACCCUGGAGGCCAGGGGAACAGGGGCCUGAGAACCAUCCUGGAGGCCAGGGGAACAGGGGCCAGAGUACCACCCUGGAGGCCAGGGGAACAGGGGCCAGAAUACCACCCUGGAGGCCAGGGGAACAGGGGCCAGAAUACCACCCUGGAGGCCAGGGGAACAGGGGCCAGAAUACCACCCUGGAGGCCAAGGGGAACAGGGGCCUGA